GUCAGGAGUUCAAGACCAGCCUGGCCAACAUGGUGAAACCCCAUCUCUACUAAAAAUGCAAAAAUUCACCAGGCAUGGUAGCAUGCACCUGUAUUCCCAGCUGCUUGUGGGGCUAAGAUGGGAGGAUCGCUUGAGCACAGAAGGUUGAAGCUGCAGUGAGCUAUGAUUGUGCCACUGCACUCCAGCCUGGGCGACAGAGAAAAGAAAGUAGUCUGAGGCUGCAAAGAAGAGGAUCCUCAGUGCUGUCCCCCUAGGCCCAUAGACCAGACCCUAAAGCCUGCAGAGGGAUUGGGCAGAACCUGUGGUACCAGCAACCCACACUACUGUCGGACCUUGGAGGACCAGAGGCGUCAGGUGUCAGGGUGGAGACAGGCACAGCACUUGGAGUCAUGUGCAAGUUUCCAGGGUGCAGAGUCCUUUUGGAUCCACGUGGAUUCUCCUCCUCCUGCUCUUUCUCUUCCUCCGCUUCCAGAAGGCUCUCCCAAUCUCCCCAGUCAGAAAGCAGCCACCUCCCAGUCUGGUGAGGUUCCCGCUGGAUGAUUUGCCCUGUCUUCUUUUGGUACUCCAUGGAAACUGGAAUUUUAAGGAACUGGUAGAUAAGUCAGGAAUGCUUAAUGUCAACCUCAGUUACACAGCGUGACUUUGGGCCUCAAUUUUCUUAGCUCUAAAAUCCAAGUCUUGGAUGCCUUGUCUCUGACUCUGUGCAGAGGACAGCAGCCACACUGGAGUUUUUUGUUUGUUUGUUUGUUUGUUUGUUUUUGAGACUGAGUCUCAUUCUAUUGCCCAGACUGGGGUGCAGUGGCACCAUCUCAGCUCACUGCAACCUCCGCCUUCCAAGUUCAAGCAAUUCUUGUGCUUCAGUCUCCUGAGUAGCUGGGAUUACAGGUGUGCCCCACUACACCUGGCUAAUUUUUGUAUUUUCAGUAGAGACAGGGUUUCACCAUGUUGGCCAUGCUGAUCUCCAACUCCUGGCCUCAAGUGAUCCGCCUGCCUCAGCCUCCCAAACUGCUGGGAUUACAGACGUGAACCACCGCGCCGGGCCCACACUGGAGAUUCUUGAGAUUCUGAAAGGGGCAGGUUCCCUGGGAACUCAGAGAGUUUCUAAUUUCCACCUGGAGUUCCCCUCAGUCCUAGAGGUCUAAUAAUUUAUGUGACUUGAAACGAUUCUAGAGCAUUCUUUCUUCUAUUUUUUUUCCCACAGGUGGUCGGUUUCUGGGUCUGCAUGACUCAGUAGAGGAUGAAGUCCAACCCCCCAGGCUCCUCCCUAGAGGCCUGCAAAGCUGCAGGCCAGGGUGAGAAGAGCUGCCCUGUCUGCCAGGCCUGUGGAGAGGUCUCAGGUCCAAGGUCUGGCUCAGGGUCUGAGUCAAGGCCUGCACCAAAGCCUGGUGCCAUUCCAGGGCCUGGACUGGGGCCCAAAGCUAUUCCAGGACCUCAGGCGGGUUCUGGUACUGUUCUGAGGCCUGGUGCUAUUUCAGGGACUGGACCAGGUCUAGGGCCUGGGCCAGGAGCUGGGUCCGUACCUGGGCCAGGAGCUGGGUCCGUACCUGGGCCAGGAUCUGGGUCCGUACCUGGGCCAGGAGCUGGGUCGGGACCUGGUCUAGGAGCUGGGCUGGGACCUGGUCUAGGAGCUGGGCCGGGAGCUGGGUCUGUACCUGGGCCAGGAGCUGGGUCGGGACCUGGUCUAGGAGCUGGGCUGGGACCUGGUCUAGGAGCUGGGCCAGGAGCUGGGUCUGUACCUGGGCCAGGAGCUGGGUCGGUACCUGGGCCAGGAGCUGGGUCUACACCUGAGCCAGAGCUAGGGCCUGGGCUCAGACAGGGGUCUGGGACUGGGCCCAAACCCAGUGAGUCAACAACAACCCCAACACCAGCGCCACAGCAGAAGACUCAAACCAAACCCACAAAGGCUGCCAGGCAGAAGGUUCUAGUGACUGGAGGAGGAGGCUACCUGGGCUUCAGCCUGGGGUCCCACCUAGCCAAGAGCGGCACUUCCGUCAUUCUGCUUGACCGCCGCAGACCCCAGUGGGAACUGUCCCCCGAAACCAAGUUCAUCCAGGCUGAUGUCCGAGAUGAAGAAGCCCUGUACCGUGCCUUCGAAGGGGUGGACUGUAUCUUCCACGUGGCUUCCUAUGGAAUGUCCGGGGCUGAGAAGCUGCAGAAAGAGCAGAUUGAGUCUAUAAAUGUUGGAGGCACCAAACUAGUGAUUGAUGUCUGUGUUCGCCGGCGGGUUCCAAGGCUCAUCUAUACCAGCACCGUCAAUGUUGCAUUUGGAGGGAAGCCCAUAGAACAGGGCGAUGAGGACUCUGUGCCAUAUUUCCCAUUGGACGAGCACGUAGACCACUACUCCCGAACCAAAGCCAUUGCCGACCAAUUGACCCUCAUGGCCAAUGGGACGCCUCUCCCAGGAGGAGGCACUCUUCGGACGUGUGUGCUCCGGCCUCCAGGGAUCUACGGCCCUGAAGAGCAGAGGCACCUGCCCCGUGUGGCGGGCCACAUCAAGAAGAGGCUGUUCAUGUUCCGAUUUGGGGACCGCAAGGCACGGAUGAACUGGGUCCACAUACACAAUCUGGUGCAGGCACACGUGCUGGCGGCCGAGGCCCUCACCACGGCCAAGGGCUACGUGGCUAGUGGGCAGGCGUACUACAUCAACGAUGGGGAGAGCGUCAACCUCUUUGAGUGGAUGGCCCCGCUGUUUGAGAAGCUGGGGUACAGCCAGCCCUGGAUCCAGGUGCCUACUUGCUGGGUUUACCUGACAGCGGCAGUUAUGGAGCGCCUCCAUCUGGCCCUGAGACCCAUCUGCAGCCUCCCACCGCUGCUCACUCGGAGUGAGGUGCGCAGCGUGGCCGUGACGCACACCUUCCAGAUAGCCAAGGCCCGCGCCCAGCUCGGCUACGCGCCGGAUAAGUUUAGGUUCGCCGACGCCGUGGAGCUAUACGUGCAGUCCACGACCCGGCGGCACCGCGGCUCCACGGCACGGACCCUCCUGCGGCUGCUGCUCGGGCUGCUGCUGUUCCUCGGCUUGCUCGCCCUGGCCCUGCACUUCCUAGGUCUGCAGCCUUUGCACGCCGCCGUGGAGCGCCUGUGACCGUCCGCCGUCCGCCGCCAGCCAGGGUCGGCCCCGCUGCACCCUCGCCCACGCCCGGCUCACUGGGCUUGUACCAGCCCCUGCCCCGCCUUCUGGGUUUGAGCGCGCCUCCGCUCCGCCCCCUGAAUCCUGGUCACGCCCCUGAGCCGCCCUCCAGACCUAGCCCGGACCCCCGACUUCUGGCCACGCCCCUAUCUACUCCCAGACCUUGCCUUGCGCCCUUCCUGUGUUUUGGCCCCGCCCAUGUCCUGUCCCGCCCCGCCCUCCGAAGUGGGCACGCUCCUGCUCCUCCCCCUGAAUCCUGGCCACGUCCCUGCUCGGCCCAGACGCGUAGCCCCGAGUCUCUUUCCAUGUUUUGACCACGCCCUUGACCCGCCCUUCAAAUUGGGCACGCCUUCUUCCCCGCUCACUGAUUUCCUGGCCUAGCCCCUGAGCAGACCUCCAGACCUAGCCCCGCCCCCGUUUUAUAACCCCGCCCCUGCUGGACAGCUUGGGCACGCCUCUUCCCCGCCCCCUGACUUCAGAGCCUAGUCCUGAGCCGCUCUCCAGGCCUAACCCCGCCUUCAUGUCAUAGCCACGCCCCUUCCCUCCCUUCCAUGUUUGGGCACGCCUUCUGAGUCCUGGUCACGCCUCUGUCCCGCCCCCUGAAUCUUUCCUACGUCCAUGACCCUCCCUCCAGGCCCUGCCCCUGCCCCUUUUUUCCUCCCUCCGGCCUGCCCUGGUUUCUGAUAUGGGCCAAGGCUCACAGCUUCCUCCGCCUUCUGGACCUUCUCCUAGUCCCUGCCCAGUCCCGGCCCACCCCCAGAUUCUCCCUCAUUCUGGUUUCGCCCCCUUUCUGGUCCUCCCGGCGCGCUUGAGCCCACCCUUUGGCUUCUCCUUUUGGGUCUGUCCUUGCUCCUGCCUCUGGACCCGGUCCCGCCCUUCUCGCGUGUAAUUGAGUCCUGGCCCCGCCCCCUCCCUCUUUGGCUUCACCCCUUUCCAGCUCCGCCUCCUUGGUAGGUUCUCCCCGGAGCCAGGCUGCCGCGUCGCUAUGGGCUAACGCAGGCUCGGGUGGCGUUGGUAUGAGUUUGCGCCGUCGGCUGCUGCUCUGUCUGGUAACAUUGCAUUCGAUCCACCCCGACCCAAUGCUCUGGGCUUCUCAUUCACACAGAUCUGUGUGUUGACAGCCAGGGAUUGGGGAAAAACCGAGACUCAAGCUUCUGCCGAGCCCGACUUGGCCUUUUUGGGUUCCUGUCUGAGGAUGACAGCAUAGUAAGCACAGGUUUUAGUACCAGAAAAAGCAUCAAAAAUUAAAAAAAAAAAGAAAUCUUAAAAUAAUUGGAUGUCUCGAUGAAGUACCAAUAAAGCUAUAAUGGGAAAAAUA